AUGCCACCUGCGGAUGAACCGAAGAAAGAGGUCAAACUGGAGGAUCUCUUCGCAGACGUCGACUCGGACGAGGAGUUUCCUAGCACGGACAAGACAAAAAACAGCGACACGUUGACUACAAGCUCUCCAGGACCUGCUUCUUCUCUGGAUGACGAUGACACACCAGUCCAGGCCAAGGCCAGCGACCCGGAAGUCUUGCGUACCUUUUACCAACGCCUUUUCCCAUGGCGAUACUUGUUCCAGUGGCUGAACCACAGUCCUACUCCCACCAAUGACUUUGCUCAUCGAGAAUUUUCCUAUACCCUCCAGAAUGAUGCUGUGUGGCGAUACCAGUCGUUCCCAACGGCUGACCUUAUGCGCAAAGACGUCCUCCAUCAUGUCCCGCCCCGAUUCGACAUCGGCCCCGUCUACAGCACCAAUCCACGCGACAGAAAGCAACUCAGGAACCUCUCCGCCUUCCGACCGCUCUCCAAGGAGAUAUGCUUCGAUAUCGAUUUGACAGACUACGACGACAUCCGCACAUGCUGUGACAAGGCCAACAUCUGCAUCAAGUGCUGGCAAUUCAUGACAAUGGCUAUCAAGGUGACCGAUAUUGCUUUACGCGAAGACUUCGGCUUUAAGCAUAUCAUGUGGGUGUACUCGGGACGACGUGGUGUGCACGCCUGGGUUUGUGACCGCAAGGCACGAGUGAUGGAUGACCAGAAGAGACGAGCCGUUGCUGGAUAUCUGGAGGUGUUGAAAGGGGGUGCGCAGGGCGGGAAGAAGGUCAACGUGAGAAGGCCAUUGCAUCCACAUCUAGCACGGAGUCUGGAAAUACUCAAACCGCAUUUUCAAGAAGACGUGCUCGAGAAGCAAGAUCCCUGGGACACGGACGAGCGCGCCGAGAAGCUCUUGGCCCUUCUCCCGGACAAGACCCUGAACGACUUCCUCCGCAAGAAAUGGGGAUCCGCACCCGGACGCUCAUCAAUGUCCAAAUGGGCCGACAUAGAUGCCCUCGCCAAGGCCGGCAGCGUCAGCAAGAACUUUGAUGGUGCGGCCCUGCGUGAUGCCAAGCAGGAUGUGCUGCUGGAAUACACCUACCCGCGGCUCGAUAUCGAGGUCAGCAAGAAGCUAAACCAUCUACUGAAAUCGCCAUUCGUGGUGCAUCCCGGUACCGGCAGGGUCUGUGUUCCGGUUGAUACGCGACCAGGAAAGCUAGAAGAGUUUGAUCCCACCGCGGUGCCAACCGUGCAAUCCCUAUUGGGUGAGAUCGAUGCCUGGGCAGGGGAGGAUUCGGAAGCAGGCGAGGAGGGAAGAAGCAUGCCGGACUGGGAGAAGACGAGCCUGAAGCCAUACAUUGAGCAAUUCAGGGGAUUUGUGAAUGCACUGUUGAAGGAGGAGAGGGCGGAUGUGAAGGUCAAGAGGGAGAGGGAAGAAGGCGAGAGGAUGGACUUUUGA